GAAUUGGUACUCUCUUAUCUACUCUACCGGCGCUAUCGCUUUAACGGGACGGGCGGUGACGUUAUUUGGACGGGUACACGGAGCAGACAGAGCAGCCCACUGCAGCUGGACCGACACCCGCCCGGGACCAGAACAACACCGGCCUACAGACUACCACACUGUUAUCACCGUAAACCUGAGAGUUCAGGUUCAUAAUCCGCCAUGAGAGACUACUCAGCGACUCCGAGCCACGGGGGCGCCUGCAUGCCGUGCUGCCAAGUUUGCAUCUUCGCCUUUACCGCAUUCCUCAUCGUUGCAGAGAGGACGGCGCUGAUCUAUUGCUUUGUGUACUAUCUGUGGGUGGGUCACAACUACUGCUAUGCCCAUCUUGCUGGCUUCACUGCACUGUUCCUGCUGCCAGGUUGGGGGCCUCAGUGGCUCAGUUAUCUGUGGUACCUGUCAGAUGGACGCAUCCGCAGGAAGUCUCUCACCUGGACACACAUACUGCACCUGGGUAUCUUCAAAAGACUGUGGGAGUGCAUGCGUCUGCAAGACGAGGAUGUGUAUGGUGAGAUCAUGCAACAGGCUGAUGCAUCUGCUUUACGUCUGUUUGAGGCCUUGGUGGUCACGCUCCCUCAGACGCUGCUGCAGACCUAUGUGCUCAUCUGCACUGACAUAGGAAUCAAAUCUCCAGCCUCGGUAUGUUUUGUGGUGUGUUUGUUAUCUCUGGCCUGGGCCUUGGUCCUCUACGCCAGAGCCUGUUCACUCAUCAGACCAGGACACCUACAAAUGACCCCCGCUGCCAUUCUCUGUCGACUUCUGUGGAGGGUCAGUAUGUUGGGAUCUCGAUUUGCCAUUCUCAUGCUCUUCACACGUAUCUUCAAACAAUGGAUCCUGGGAGUCAUUGGCGUGCACUGGCUGGGUGCAACUUUCUGGAUGGUGUCUCAGCAGACCGACAUCAUACGUUCAACUAGUCGAUGGAGACUCUUCAACCUUGUUCUGGGAGCUAUUCACAUCUUCCUUUUCCUCAAUGUGAAGUUUGGUCAAUCCAGAUACCGCAUGGCUGGGUUCUACCUGGCCAUAUUCUUAGAGAACACUUUUCUUCUUCUGGCCUCUUCAUGGUUGUUUAGCAUGGUGUCCUGGGAUACUGUAGGAAUCCCAGCUGCAGUUUUCUGUAGCUUCCUCACUGGAGUGAUAGCGUUGGUGCUGUACUAUCGUUUCCUCCACCCUAAGUCCUUUGAGAUUUUCCAGAGUAUUCGCCACAGGGGGAUAGGUGGAGCCUGCACGGAACGUGGAUCUACACUGUCAUUGGAGGAGAAAGUCACACCCACUUUCCAUCGCCAUGCAACACUGUCCGGAGGUGGGACCCUAAUGGAUCUCCCUAUCCAAUGGGAGGGCUGGAAACAUCACCACUGGCUGCUGAUUCGCUUGGCCAUGAAGACAGGAGAUGUCACUAGGAUCUGGUCGUCGUAUGGCGAAGGGGGGCUGGCCGGACUGAUGGGUCUGUCUGAAGAAGUUCACUCUCCUGAUGAACCUCAUGUCCGUCGGGUUCCACUUGUUCAGCCUCAGAUUUCUCAACCAGCUCCACCACAGGUGACCCAGGCUCCACAGGUGAGAGAGGCGGUCCAGCCAUCAAAGCCUGCUCCCUCCAGUGCAAUAGCCCGACCAGUGAGAAAAGCUCCACCCACAACAAUCCAGGAUAUGAAAAGGUUUCCAGAGAUCAUCCCGGUCCAAGAGGUCAUUUUUGAAGAGACUGCAGAAGAAGAGUCCAGCGCUCCACCAUCAGAAAAAGGUGAUGAGGAGUUUCAGAGUGCUGCUUACGGCUCACCAACACCUUCAUCUCCGUGGCAACCAGGCAGCCUCGGCCACAUCGACAGCAACGCCGCGUCCCUGACCGAAGCCUCGUCCUCCGUAGGUUCCCUGGACAUCAAGACUCCCGGUUGGUCACCUGAGCGACGCUCCCCUCUCCUGAUUAGUUCCCCGGAGAAAAAACCAUCGCUCCCCGGAGAGUCCAGCACCACACUGUACUUCAGCGCGGAUGCACAGUCUCCCUCCAGUGGGAGCUAUCUUGGCUGGGGCUCCGAGUUGUCGCCCAUCUCUACCUACAGAAGUCCCUACCGGAUCAGGGAGGCUCGUUUUAUCACAUCCACCCCACGCCUGGAACCUCGAGCUGAAAGUCCGUCCCCUGUUAUUGUCAUCCCUGCUACUCCUGGUACAACACCAGGCCCCACCCCAGGUGGAACCCCUGGUGCGUCGACCCCUACUGCAUCAACACCUGGAGCUUCAACACCUGUUGCUUCAACUCCUGGAGCUUCAACACCUGUUGCUUCAACUCCUGGUGCUUCAACACCUGUUGCUUCAACUCCUGGUGCUUCAACUCCUGGUGCUACCACGUCCUCUACUGCAAUCAUUCCACUCACUCCAGUCAUCUCCCACCACGCUCGCAAACAGAUGGUCCAGUUUGUGGGCAGUAGAGAGAGAAUGGUGUAAGUAGGAUGGGGAGGGGGAGGGGGGGUAAAGGGGAAUAACAACUGGGUGGGCAGUGAUGGAUUUUUUAGUUUAGCAGUUAAGGAUUAACAAAUUCAUGCAUUAACUAACUUGGGGAGUUAAGAGUCCUUUUUAGCUCAGUUCAUUUGAAUCAGUCAUGGAAGGAUAUACAAUAAUUAGUAUUUAUUCGUUUCCCCUGACAUCCAGAUACAACUGUUUGCAGAACAUUAGGAUGCAUAGAUAGCACACUUGCCAACCGCGGGGACAUUGGCUCAAUUCUUACAGUAAUAGUGGCUCCUCUGGCCAUGCUGUAUGUUCCAAUUAACACAUUAAGCAGUGUUUAUGGGAGGGAAGUCAGUGAUGGACCAGGCCCUUGUUGCUGCACUAGCAACUCCUGGUUGGUUGGAGUGCCUGCAGGGAGGAGGGUGGGAUAGUAUGAACCUCAUUGCAUGCUACUGUGAAAAGGGCGAUAGGGAAGCAUCUGGCAAAUUCAUGUGUAUGAGGCGAGGAACAUGGUUCUCUGCUUCCUACUGAGGAGUUAUUUUUUCAGUUCUUUAAAACCAUUUGAUGAACAAAAUUCACUAUUUACAGAAGAUUGCAUCUGUUACUCAUCAAAAGAAAACACAGAUGCAAAUUCACAGGUGCUAAUGAAUGUGAGGCAUCACUUUCAUUUAUUUAAGAUGGUUAUUUUUUUAUCAUUGGAAACUAACCACAGAAAACCAAAUGCAGUUAAGGCCUAUUCAGGCAGUGGAGUCAGCUGAGAUUACCGCCGGUGUAAUUUAGGAGCAAACUAAUUGUUAAAAUGAUCACAAUUAUGAUGUUAUUGGAAUUAUGAGCUGUGAUGAAAUCAUAAAGCAAUCAUCUGAAUCAAGGCUAACCUACUUAAAUGGAAGUUGGAUCUUAUUGUAAAAAUAAAUUAAACUAGUUUACAAACACCAAUCAUGCUGAAUCUCUUGUACUCGCCAAUACUAGUCAGUUUUUUUUUUACAUUGGUGAGUCUGAUACAAUGAAACCAAUGAUGUGUUAUGAAAUAUAUCAAUAAUGUAGACUUUAUGCAAAUCCAAGCAAACUUUCAAAGGUGUUAUUAUGCUUGCAAAUGCUUCUUAUUCUUUUUUACUAAACCUAUAGAUGAUGUUGAACAACCCGUCCAGUUUUCAGGAAGCCACUCAUUCAUCCAGUCAGUUACUCACUGUGUGUGUACAGUACAUUAAAUUACACAUUACUGACACGUACAAAGAAACAGAACUCCUUUUACAAUCAGUAAAAUAGUCAAAUCUGUUCAUUGAUGUCUUUAUGUUCUUGAAACAUAAUCUGAUAAGCAAUUGACAAAAGGCAAAGGUUUGAGGGAAAAUCAUUUUAUAAAUGAUAUGCUUUUUUUCCUAAUAUUUUUAUAAUUUUAACUGCAAUAAUUUCAGUCUGCACUUUACAGCAGAAAAGGUACAGCUAAAGUAGCAUGAUAUUCUAGACUACACUAAGAAAAUACGUCAAAGGGAAAUUAAGCAGUAUAGAAUAUUAAAGGACUAUUAGAUGAUGUUUCUAUUGUUACAUGCAUUUCAUUUUUGUCUAAUUAUCCUUUUUAAAUGUGUUUGUCUUGUUUUUGUCUAUUGUAAUGAUCAUAUAUUUGAUAUCAAAACAAAUCUUUUAUGUGUUUGUUAUGGCUUUGUUUAUGCAGAAAUGCUUUAAAUAUCUAAAUAAAUACACAAGUAAACAAACAAUGUUUACAUAAUUUAGACAAUUUCCCCAAUUGGCCAUUUCAAAGAAAUUAAACCGGUCAUUUUAGUGACAAAGAAAAUAAAGUACAACACACACACACACACACACACACACAAUUUCUGCAGGACAAAAUUAAUAAGUGUGUGUUCUAACAGAGGAAGUAACUCUUACGAACACCCCUGACAAUCACAUUGUUUUGAUUUUGAAUUGAAUGAAAGAAGGGUACGAAUGAUGAUAAGAUACAAUGUAUGAUAAACAAUAAUGAACUGCGGUAGCAGCAGUUCUGUGUACUGUUGCUUUGGCAACAUACCUGUAUGCGCUGGGAUGGAAGUUCACUACUCUUCUCUACUUUUUUUUUUGACUAGCAUUACAUUUAUAAACUUGUGCCCCAAAAAUUCUAUUUUAAUAUCCUGAGUGAUUUAUUCUUCUUCACCGCCUACGUAUUGAUUGGUUUUACUGCAUUUUUGCUACUCUAAUUAUGAGCAUUAUUUUUGAAUGUUGGCAUCCAUUUACUCACGAUGGUUUUAUUGAAGAGCACACAGAAAGUAAGCUGUUGUCGGCACGUGUAGAAACUGUACUUUUACUUCCUGAAGAGCAAAAUGUUGUUUGAUAAAAAAAAAUCAGUUUUGUAUUAAACAAAGAAACAACUUCCUCAGAUGCAGACGAUCCAUCUCAGCUAUAACGUAUUUUCUUUUGAAGCCCACUAUACUCACAAAUAUGCAUUGUCCUUCCGCCUAUCCUUCAGUUGAACCUCCUACCUCAGUAAAACUGAAUUUCCAAGUGACAAACUGGUUUUUAUUAUCUUUUUUUUGUUGCAAUGA